ACCGCCAAAACCGCUAGUUGGCGGUGGGGUUUCUGUAUUGAGUUUCUUCGUGUACUUUAAAUAAUGGCGACUGAAACUGAGCGGAUCAUGUUGGACUUGGAGUUAAUAAAUGUUGAACAACAGUUACUAUUACUGAAAUUACUGCAACGCAGGAAAGAGAGACGUCGGAGGAGAUGGAGUGUACAACCACUGAACCGACUGAGGCAGAAGGAGGGUGAAUUUUCUGUGCUAGUCCGGCCACUGAGAGACAUGGAUGAGGAAAUGCAUUUCAAAUAUUUUCGGAUGACUGCAGGUAGAUUUGACGAUUUGGUUCGUCGUUUGCAACCAUUUAUCUCGCAUCAGUGUACGCACAGUAUGCCUAUAGACAUUACUCAGAGACUGGCAAUCACCAUUCGAGUUUUAGCUUCAGGUGGAAGUCAAAAGGCUGUAGCAGCUCGCUACAAACUUGCGUCGAGCACAGUGUCUUCCAUAAUUUCGGAGGUCUGUAAAGCUUUAUGGGAAGCACUGCAGCCAGAGUUCCUUCCCUGCCCUUCAGUCGCCCAAUGGGAAGCUAUUGCAGCUGAUUUUUGGCGACUAUGGAACUUUCCGAGCUGUGUCGGCAGCAUAGACGGGAAAAAAGUGAACAUCAAGGUACCAUCUCGCGCCAGGAGCGACUGCGACUGUAAGGGCUCCGUAGUCCUUCUGGCUACCUGCGACGCCAGAUAUCGGUUUACCAUGGUGGAUGUUGGGAGAUACGGACGGGAAAUUGACGGUGGCAUAUUUGAAGAGAGCAGAUUUGGUUCUAUGUUGCUUGAAAACGAACUUGAAAAAAUGAACUUGCCCCCACCAGCCAAUCUUCCUGAAACAGGAGUCAAAAUCCCUCAUGUAAUCGUUGGUGAUGCUGCGUUCCCCCUACACAACAAUCUCAUGUGUCCCCUUCCAGAGACGAACAAGACCAUGGGAAAGCAGAUCUAUAACUACCGUCUCUCCAGAGCCAGGCAGGUGAUGGAAAACACAUUGGGCAUUUUGGUGGCACGGUGGAGAAUCCUCAGCCGACCAUUAAAAUUUCUGCCUGACAAAGCAGUGAACAUUCUCAAAGCUUGUAUCGCUAUACACAACUUCUUGUCCUACACUGAUGACGCCAACUCACCAGUGAGCAGAUACAUCCCUGCUCAUUUUGCAGACUCGGACACUACAGGGUCGCCUCAGCCAGGCGAGUGGCGAAGAGUGUCGGCAGGAGACAGGAAUCUUUUCGAACCUCUAGAUCCUCAUUACCUUUCAGAGUGCUAUUCCACCGGAGCCGGCACUAGUGUACGGGAAGACCUGAUGGCCUUCUUUCAAUCACCCCAUGGAACUUUGCCAUGGCAGAACAACAUAGUGUCAUGACCAACUUGAUCAAUAAAAUAAACCAAGCUUUUAAUGACA